AUGGACCAUGCCGUGGUGCAAAAAUGGCUUCGCAGCGUCCUCGGCCCAUACACCGAACGCGAUCGUGUCUUCGCCGACGUCGACCGAGCGCUGAUCGCCGUCUCGUCGCUGUCACCCAAGACGGAGGUGUUUACCUUCAACGAUGGUCGGACACAACUUCUACUCAACCUCGAGGGUACCAUCCCGGUCGAGUUCCGCAACUCGACAUACAACAUCCCUGUAGCUUACUGGAUUCCACGAGGUUACCCACGGGAACCACCGAUGGCCUUCGUAGCACCAACGCCUGAUAUGGCCAUCCGCAAAGGUCCGAAUGUCGACCCGAGUGGUGAAAUCGGAGGCGAUUAUCUCGCAAGAUGGAGAAGCAAACCAGAAGCCUGCAACCUGCUCGACUUGAUUCACGACUGCCAGCAUAUGUUCGGAAAGGAGCCGCCUGUUUAUGCCAAACCAAAGCCUACAGCGGUGUAUGCUAUAGCCGCUUCAUCACAGCAACGCUCGCAGACAUCUACACCGCAGCAGGCUAGCUCGUCAAACACUUUCGCACAGCCUGCCGGUCCGCCGCCACUGUCAGCUUCGCCUAGAUCACCUCAGACCACAGCAGGCCCAUCCUUCCGCGGCGCUCACGAUCCACGACAGAAGCCACCACCACCUGCACCAGCACCUACGCCCGGUCCAUCCGGCUAUCACGAUCCAGCGCAGGUUCAACAUCCCCCCCAUCGCCCACCAAAGCCUUCUUCCUCCCUUGGACCUGAUAGUAACUACACUCCCAGCCCACUAAACUCGAUGUCCCACAUGGAACCGUCUAGCGGUCCAGCGCCAUUGCUGAUGCGAGAUGGCAUGCAUAUGCAGUCACCUCAGCAGCCUGCAACGCCACAGCAAUUCCCAGAUGAAGCAUACCGACGAUAUUCAGGGGCAGGUUUGGGGGGUUCGGCGUAUCAUCCUCAGCAAAAUGCUACACCGCCUCAAGAGCAGUACCCAGUAUCACCUGUAGCCGUGCCACAGUCUCCCAACCCAGUGUCUCAGUGGCAGCCGCACGCAAAUAGCCAUCCGCAUCAUCAACGCCAAGGCUCGCAGCAGUAUCCUCAGCACCAACAACAUCCGCAACACCGAGCGCAAACGUACCCUUACCCGGGAGCAGAUCAGCAGUAUCAUCAAGGGGGGCCAAAUUCAGGCUACAACGGCGCCCAACAGCAGCAGCCUCCGUCCCAAAACGGUGCUCCUCCACCGCCCGUUUCCGGACCGCAUCCGUAUCAGAACUCUCCGCUUCCGCACGGAGGUAGUCCAGCACCCCCAUCCGCACACGGUAGCUCCAACGGCUACCUCAAUCCUCCACCACCAGGCCCCAUCACGGCCCCCAAACCCAAAGGCAUCAAUCUACUCGACGAAGAUGACGCCUCCAGCUCCUCUACCCCACCCACCCUCACCUCAGCUUCAGGCCCAGUGCCACCACCCCCUCGUCCCAUCAACCCUGAGCUACUAGCCCUUCACGACCGCGUCUACAACAAACUCACCAGCCGUCUGUCCACCCUAUCCAACACCCUCUCCUUCACCAAUUCGCGUCUCGAGCUACUCUCGACCGACUUGGACCGCGGUUUACCAGCGAUCGAAGAUGAAAUGUCGCGUCUUCGAGCAGUCCGCGAUGUCUGUCAAACCACUGGCGAUCGACUUUCUAUUUCCGUGAACGAAAUCAGCGAAAGCAUUCGCAAUCUACAGGCCAGAGAGGAGCCAGAUCCGGACAGCAUGGUCUUAGCGACGAGUAUAGUGGGUAAUCAGCUGGUGGAUCUAGUAGCGGAGGAUAACGCGAUUGAAGAUACCUUGUAUCAUUUGGGUAGAGCGUUGAAUGCGGAGAGGAUUGAUUUGGAUCGCUUCUUAAAGCAGACUAGAAUGUUGGCUAGGGAACAGUUUAUGAAGAGAGCGUUGGCGAUGAAAAUUAGUGAUGGGAUGGGGUGGGCUCAGUAG